AUGCCUCCAGCCGAGCUCCCAGCCCCGGGUACCAUGGAAAGCCAACUUGAUAAUUUAUGUGCUCGCCUCAGUCAUAAUCUUAAAUGGUUCAGUUGUUCAGUUGUCUUCUUGGUCGUUAUGAGUAUCUUCAUCCUCUCUUUGUGCCUCGCCAAGAGUCCCGAUAACGUCCGCUGUCACGUAACCGAAGCAUCUCUCGUCACCGAUUCCAACCUCACCAUCGGGAUCACAAUCCGAAACCCUAACGGAUUUUACCAUGUCCACCAUGAUCACAUUAACUUUACAGCCUACUACCAAAACCAGACGUCGGGUUCGUUAUUGAACAAUGCCUCCUUCUCCCAAGGACGCAAGAAUGAAACUCAUCUAACACCAUCCUUCAACGGGAUGCAGAUCCUUCGUGGAGGCAAUGACUCUGAUUCUAGAGAAAACUAUUACGAUAUUCUUGUCAAGUUCAACAUGCAGGACGAGUACAAGAGACAGCUUCUUCCCAGGACGAGACAUCAUAGGCAUUUGGAGUAUAGUUGCGAGUUGAAGGUUCCUGCUAGCAGUGCGAGUAGCUUCAACACCACCCUGUGCCGCUAUCAUAAUCUCGAUCCAUGA